AAUGGACAUACCUCUUCCGUUAAGCCUGUAGAAUAUCAUUAUUUGGACAUACCACGUGACUUCCCAAGGUUCUGAUUGGCUUGGAGGAGCAUUCCGGUCCUCCGCCUUGUGUCUUACUAUGUAAUUCGCGCACGCUUCUAUGGCCGGCCUAUACACCUUAUGGACUUGGCUCGGCACACAGGUUAAGGGGGAGGGACAUUCAUUGAACUAGAUACCUUUUAAGCCAUCCAAUCUCGUAAACCGUUUUUACCAUGCAAAACUUAUCGCGCAAAACCCCCCAAAACCCCCCCAUCAACCGUCCCAUUCGCCCUCCACGUAAAGCUCCUCGUAUCAUGCGUCCCGUACCACGACGCCCCGGUGAAAUUACACCGCGCCUCCGUCGUGCCAAGCAUCUGACACGCCGUCACAUCCUCCAUGCCGCUAUUGCCGUAAGAAGUCGUGUACUCGUACAUCGACGGCCCCUGCGUGAUGGUCUGCGGGCCGCCAGUCGUGGAGUAGUAUGUCCAGCGCGCGGUCUCGCCGGCAUAGACGGGCGUCACGUGCUGGAUAAGCGUAGACGUGACGAUGAAGGUGGUGGCGGUGGCAUUGGCGGCGAGGACGGAGCCGCCCCAGUUGAUUGUGAUGGUGUAGACGUUGUUACCGGAGCCGCGGUCGUCGAGGGCGAAGAUGGGGAUUGUGGUGGCUUGGGCGAGGGUGAGGGGGGUGAGAAGAAAGAGGAGGGGUGCCAAUAUGGGUAAGAUCAUGAUUUAGGGUGAUACUAUUCGUAACAUUGAGCAGUAAAGGUCCGGGAGGGGUUGAACGGCAGGAACACUGAAUAUGUAGAUUUUAUGGACUUCUCGUUUACCUUCACCGGAAAACUAGGAUGCCUGUUGGAAUCUCUCAGUCCUUGGCGGAUCUUCUACAUGGGUAUUUUAUUGUUUCCGUU